AUGGUCGAAUCUCCCUCGCGUAGCCUUUUCAAGAAGGCUGGUUUUGUGUUCACAAUCGCGUUAUCCCUAUGGGCGAUUACUGACGAGAACAUUUCUGUCGGAAAAGCGCUGCAACAGCACGAACCGAGUCUGCGAGUGUUUCGAUCCUUGCUCGAAGUGAAUCUUUUAUUUUUCUGUACCGCGGCGGCAUUGUUUGUCUGGUCCAAGACCAUAGGACAAUCAACAAUUGAAGCGCUCUUGUUUCAACCACUCAAGCUUUCCGGGGCACACCCGGAGAACGCAGACCGGCAUGUGUACGCCAUGACCGAAGUCAAUGACGACGAAGUUCUCCAGGAAGACGACGCUCUAGAUGCCGAUUACGCCAGUGAUGGAGAAGUCGAUCGGCAAGAAGACUUAGACGAGAAACUAUACAUCCCCACCGCGGCUUCUGUUGCCAAUGCUGCCUUAAACAUGCUCUUUACUAUUCUGGUCGUUCUGUUCUUGUUCACGUUAAGCUCGAUCUCCACCGCCAAGCAUUCAGUCGAAGAAGUAGCAUCCAACACGAACAGCAGUGGCCUCUGGGAUCUCUUUUCACGUGUCACGGCUCCAGUUUUCCCUCUGUUGCUCUUUCUUUACUUUUUGCUACGGGCUAUCUUCCCCUGGAGGCGUAAAAGAUCGUUUUGGGCAGUUGUUUUCAUGACGAUGUCCGCCCCGUGGCAUCCAGUAGACUUUCGGGACGGCUUUAUCGGUGAUAUCAUUACUUCUUCAGUACGACCGAUGCAAGACAUUGCUUUUACCGUAUUUUAUAUCCUAUCGGGUCUAAGAGGAUGGUGGUCACGAGAAUAUCGAGACGGCAACUUUAUCGAUUCCGCGGAUGCGAGCGUUCCAGCAAUGGAACGAUCAUGGCUGUUACACACUGUCGUACUGCCAAUGUGCAUGGUCAGUCCCCUCUGGUGGCGAUUUCUUCAAAACCUUCGACAAAGCUACGAUAGCAAGCAGCGCUGGCCGCACCUUGGCAACGCUCUUAAAUACUGUUUCGCCGCCCAAAUUGCAAUGUUUGGUGUAUUCAAUCCCGACCAAAAAAAGAGCGUUCUCUGGUUAACAAGUUUUGUUGGCGCUACUUUGUAUCAGCUUUGGUGGGACAUCUUUAUGGACUGGUGCCUAUUGGUUCGUGUGGACGAGCGCUGGAAACUUCGUAGUACACGUCUGUACACCAAAACAUCUGUAUAUUGGAUUAUCUGUGGGGCAAACUUAGUUUUGCGUUUUUGCUGGACUCUGAGUUUUGUCCCGCCGCGCUAUCUAAAUGCCUCCGGCGUUCUGAAAGAAAGCUUCUCAGGCGAUGUGAAGAAUAUCCUGGGCCCCUUUAUUGCUUCCGCCGAAAUUGUGCGAAGGGCUCUAUGGGGACUGCUGCGUUUUGAAUGGGAGGCGACGAAGAGAUACAGUGAUCGUAAAUCAUCGUUUGACGAAAGUCAAGACGGUUUGAGAAAUGAAAUCGAACUUACACCGAUGAAAAUAAAACAAGAUGAGUAUCGCAAGUCUUCCAAUGCUUUCUCCGUAGGCCAUUCUUGGAAAAUGUCCUCGAUGAAUGAGGUUCAAAUAAUUGGCGAGCUUGGUGUAUACGCGACAGCUUUCUGGUUGAUUGGGACACUAGCCGCCGCACAUCGAGGAACUUUGUAG